AUUACGGAAAUCUGCUGCAAAAAUACUUCUAGAAGCUCAACAAUCCCUCAAAGACGGGGAUGAGGAGAAGAGUUAUGUUUUACAUAUGAGAUACAUAGAAACAAUGAUGUAUGUUCUCAAGAGAGAAGAACCCAAGAGUAAUAGAAAAGCUGAUUCAUUAAGAGAUGCAUUAAAAGAAAGCGUAAUAGCUGCUGAAAAACUGUCUCGAAGUCUUGAAAAACGAUACAAGGCUCUACAAGACCAAGAAAAGCAACGUAUUGUGCCAAAGGCUGAAGAAAAAGGCUCAUCAGAUGAAUUACAGAAGGAAGUUCCAAAAAUUAAUGAGCCUAAAAAGAAGGAAGAACCAUUUUAUAAUGGCUUACCAGAGUCCAGUAUCACUAGUGAGAAGCUCUUUGAACUUCUCAUGGACCACAAACUGGAAAUAGUAAUAUUUGAUGCUCGUCGUACUACAUGUUUUGUGAAGUCCCACAUAAAACUCGGAAACUGUAUUGCCAAUGUUCCAGAAGAAAUCAUUAACAAGGGGCAAAGUGCAGCUACACUGGAAAAGUUGUUACCCCCAAAGUCUAAAGAAUUGUGGUCAAAACGUGGAAAAGUUGACUUAAUAAUUCUCAUGGAUUGGACGUCAAAACAUUCAGCUCUCAACGAGGACAGUAAGUUGAAGAUCCUGAAAGACACAUUGAUAAAGUGGGAUCCAGAUACAAAGUACAAACAUGAACCUGUCAUACUGGAAGGAGGAUACAGUGACUGGUUGGACAGAUAUCCUAUGUAUACAACAAACAGCCAUGUUGUUGCACCAGUGUCUGCUAAUCCCAAUGAUUUGUUUGAACUAUUGGAUACAAUAGAAUACCCUGAUAUAAAUGACUCAGUCACAAAUACUGCACCAUCACUGCCAAAAGUGGAUCGUUCAUCCAAACCAGCACAUGUUGCUAUAGCUGGACCAACUAACAGUAAUAGUACAGCCCCAAGUGACGCUGAUGCUGGUGGUGGCAGUGUUGUUUCGGAUGCUCCAUCAGUGCAACAUGAUAAUGUGAGUUUUACACCACACAACAAGCCAGCCUUUGAUCGUUCAUCUAAGGCAGCAGCUCUUCAAUUGUAUGAGGAAAGAAGUCGUGCUUUAGCCAGCCUUCUAGAAAAGCGAGAGACAUUGGCAAAUAGCACACUGAAUUUGGAAAAAAACCGGCUUAAAGCAGAAGAAGAGUGGGAGCAAAUUAGACUACGUAAAGAGAAGGAAGCAGAAGAGGAGCUGAGAAUGCAGCUUCAGCAGAAGGAGGAAGAACUGCUAAAAAAUAUAAGGAACUUAGAAAAGGAACGAAAGGAGAAGGAAUUGGAAAACCAAUCACUACGCAAUGAAUUAGAAUUGUACAAAAGUAAAGAGCAGGAGGAAUUAAAUCUGGCAAAAGACAAGAAGCUUACAGAUCUUGAAAAGGAAGUCAAUGAAAGAAUUAAUCUUACAGAAAAAGAAAUGAAAAAGAUCACCCAACAACGGGAACAAAAAGAACAGGAAAG